ACUAAAUUACAGGAAAUGCUUCAAAUGUCAUAUGUUUGUCUUUGGUCUCUGUCUAGAUAUGGCAGCCUCAAGCAGUUUUCUGUCUGAAGAGCAUUUCAUGUGUUCAAUCUGUCUAAGUGUGUUCAUUGAGCCGGUCUCCACUUCAUGUGGACAUAACUUUUGCAAGGCCUGUCUCACAAUGCACUGGGAUUGCAAUAAUGUGUGCCAAUGUCCCCUGUGUAAGGAGAAAUUCAACAGGAGACCAGAACUUCGUGUCAAUACGUUCAUUUCUGAGAUGGCUGCACAGAUCAGGAAGUCAAUUGAAGUCACUAGCAUUUCAAAUAAAUGCAGUAACAAGCCUGGAGAAGUGUCUUGUGAUAUCUGCACUGGGACAAAGCUUAAGGCCCGGAAGUCCUGCCUGAUGUGUCAGAUCUCUUAUUGUGAAACUCACCUGGAGCCUCACGAGAGAGUCGCAGCCUUAAAGAGACAUAAAAUGAUAGACCCUCAGGACAACCUAGAGGACAGGAUUUGUAAGAAACAUGAAAGACUCUUGGAGUUGUUCUGUAGGACUGACCAGACAUGUGUGUGUCAGUUCUGCACUGAGACAGACCACAAGACCCAUGACAGUGUACCUCUAGAGGAAGAAUGCGGAAAGAGAAAGGCUCAGCUUGAGAGGAUAAAGGCAGAAUUGCAACUGCUGAUUAAGGAGCGAUUGGAGAAGGUUAAGGAGAUAAAAUGUUCAAUAGAUCUCAGCAAGAGAGAUGCAGAAAGACAGAUAUCAGUCAGUGUGCAGGUCUUCACUGCUCUGGUACACUCUAUCAAGAUAAGCCAGACUGAGCUCAUUGAGGUGAUUGAGAAGAAACAGAAAGCAGAUGAGAGGCAGGCUGAGGUGCUAAUUAUAGAGCUGGAGCAGGAAAUCACUGAGCUAAAGAAAAGAGGCACUGAACUGGACCAGCUCUUACACACCGAGGACAACUUCCAUGUCCUCCGGAGCUUCCCAUCCAUUUGCACCUCUCCACCCACCAAUGACUGGUCUGAAAUCAGUGUUCACAGUGAUCUGUAUGCAGGCACUGUGAGGAGAGCUGUAUCUCAGCUGAAGGAGACACUGAAUAAAGACAUGGAGAGUGGCGUGAAGGCAUUUUGUGAUGCUGAACUGAAGAUGGUUCAGCAGUAUGGAGUGGAUGUGACCCUGGACCCUGAUUCAGCUCAUCCUGAACUUAUCCUGUCUGAUGACAGGAAACAAGUGAGAACUGGAGACGAAAGACAGAAUGUCCCAGACAACGCAGAGAGGUUUGACAUCUGUAUUAAUGUCCUUGGAAUAAAUAGCUUCUUAUCAGGGAGAUAUUACUAUGAGGUGAUUGUUAAGGGAAAAACUAAGUGGGAUUUAGGAGUGGCUAGACAGUCCAUUAACAGGAAGGGGAAUAUCACUGUAAGCCCUGAGCAUGGAUACUGGACUGUGAGGUUGAGGCACGGGAGGACAUACUCAGCCUCUACCUCCCCACCUAUCCCCCUCUCCCUGAGAGAGAAGCCCCAGAAGGUGGGGGUGUUUGUUGAUUAUGAGGGGGGGCAAGUGUCCUUUUAUAAUGUAGAGGCCAGCUCACAUAUUUACUCUUUCACUGGCUGCACCUUCACUGAGAAACUUUAUCCUUAUUUCAACCCUUGUUUGAAUGAAGGAGGUAAAAACUCUGCCCCUCUUAUAAUCUCUCCAGUCAGUCACACAGAUUGA